ACUUCUUGACAGUGUACAGUGUAUUUUUCCCUUUCGAGCGACGACGACCGACGAUAACCAGAUUUAAACACACACACACACAAUAUAUUUUAGUAUAUUAGUGUACGUUAUAUUUUAGUCGGGAAAAUGUCAAGACAACAAGCCAUCGAGCUUAAGAUCAAGGCCGACAGAGAAAUAGCGUUGAACGCCGGUCGGAAACUAGUGCAAUGCGAUCCCGGUGACGAGAUUGUCAUAUCUGGAUUUUCUGGAUCGUUCCCGAACUCCGACGGCCUACCGAAUUUCGCUGAAAAUCUUUUCAAUAAAGUGGACCUUAUAUCGGACGACGACAGACGAUGGACUAUUGGACACCCGGAAAUUCCUCAGCGUACUGGAAAAUUGAACGAAGUAAAUAAAUUUGAUGCGGCCUUUUUCGGUAUUCAUUAUAAACAAGCUCACACAAUGGACCCUAUGUGUCGUAUUAUCCUGGAAAAAGCGUACGAAGCAAUUAUGGAUUCAGGUUAUUCUCCCAAAUCAUUGAAAGGAUCAAAGACAGGAGUGUUUGUCGGAGCUUGCUUUAGUGAGUCCGAGAAAACAUGGUUUUACGAAAGAUUACAAGUGAAUGGUUUUGGUCUCACGGGAUGUGCACGUGCAAUGCUCGCCAACAGAAUAUCAUAUUGGUUGGGAGUGAAUGGUCCUAGUUACACUGUGGACUCUGCCUGUUCUUCGAGUUUAUAUGCAUUGGAGCACGCUUACAAAGCAAUUCGCGAUGGCCAUUGCGAUGCUGCAUUGGUCGGUGGCUGUAACCUGUGUCUUCAUCCGUACGUAUCUCUUCAAUUUGCACGUUUGGGUGUACUAUCCAUGGACGGACGGUGUAAAUCGUUCGACGAAGCAGCUAAUGGAUACGUUAGAUCGGAAGCGGUUUGCGUUGUAUACUUACAAAAAUCGAAAUGUGCCAAACGAAUAUAUGCCAGGCUCAUUCACGCCAAAACCAAUUGCGACGGUUACAAGGAACAAGGAAUCACGUACCCUUCGGGGCCGUUACAACAGAGAUUAUUAGAAGAAUUUUACGAAGAAUGUGAAAUAAAACCCAAUACUCUGGCUUGGAUCGAAGCCCACGGAACUGGAACAAAAGUCGGCGAUCCUGAAGAGGUAAAAGCUCUUGAAAACGUAUUCUGCCCUGGUCGCAAAGAGCCUUUAUUAAUAGGUUCUGUGAAAUCCAAUAUUGGACAUUCAGAGCCAGCGUCAGGACUGUGUUCUGUGGCGAAAGUUAUAAUAGCCAUGGAGACUGGUUAUAUACCUCCCAACAUAAAUUUUAACACGCCUAGGGAAGAUAUCAGCUCUUUCUUCAACGGCCGUAUUAGCGUAGUCGCUGACAAAACACCUUGGAAUGGUGGUAUGGUUGGAAUAAAUUCCUUUGGUUUUGGCGGCGCUAAUUGUCACGUAUUACUCGACUGGAACAAGAAGAAUAAAAUAAACAAUGGCCUUCCUGAUGAUGAUUUACCUAGAUUAGUAGUGGCAUCUGGCAGAACAGAAGAAGCUGUGUCAGUUAUGCUAAAUGACUUAAUAUCAAGACCGCUAGAUAGAGAAUAUGUGCGUUUGUUCCACGAUAUUCAAGCUGACGAGAUUCCUGGACAUAUUUACAGAGGAUAUACUAUUCUAUCAAAAAAUUUAAAAAUAAAUAGGCCAAUUGAUAUACAGUAUUAUUCCGGCGAAACACAACCUGUAUGCUUUGUAUUUUCGGGCAUUGGCGCUCAAUGGCCAGGAAUGGGAAAGUCAUUAAUGAAGUUACCGGCUUUCAGUGCAUCAAUUAAUAAAUGCCACAAUAUUCUCAAACCGUUAGGAGUCGAUUUGAUAAAAGUUAUAACUGACUUGGAUCUCGGAACGUUCAACAAUCCCGUGAACUUAAUUGUGGGAAUUGCAGCUAUGCAAAUUGCGUUAUUUGAUGUAUUAUCUUAUGCUGAAAUUACUCCAGACUUCUUAAUUGGUCAUUCGCUGGGCGAAUAUGUUUGUGCAUAUGCCGACGGGUGUCUUACGACUGAGGAGACAAUCAAACUUGCGUAUUACACGGGAAUUGCUAUAAUAGAAUCAAAACUACCUUCGGGCGAAUUGGCGUUUGUUGGCAUAGGUUAUCAAGAAAUACAAAACGCUCUUCCUGUAAACAUCGAAGUUGUUUGGCAAAACUCGGUAAACAGCUGUACUAUAAUAGGAGCAAAAGAACAAGUAGACCAAUUUAUUUCUCAGUUGAAGUCGAAAAACAUUUUCACUCAAAUUAUCAGUACGAAUAGUACACCUUAUCAUUCGAAAGCAUUCGAAAAAGCAGCACCAAAAAUAUUUGAAUACCUUAAAAAAAUUGUGUCCAAUCCCAAAAAGCGUUCAGAAAAAUGGAUAAGCACUUCAAUACCUGAAGACAAAUGGAAUACCGAUGUUGCGAAACACUUUUCAGCAGAAUAUGCUGUAAACAAUUUGUUAAAUAACGUCUUGUUUGGCGAAGCACUAGAACGUUUACCGAAAAAUGCAACAGUGAUUGAGGUAGGUCCUCAUGGAAUUUUACAAAAUAUUCUAAAAUCGUCGGAGAAGAACAUUUCAAACAUCGAGUUGAUGAACAAAAACCGUGAUGAUGGACUCGAUUAUAUGCUAACAGCAUUUGGAAAACUGUUUGAAUUGGGUCUUAAUCCGAAAUUGAGCAAACUUUAUCCGGAAAUCGAAUUUCCGGUAAGUCGAGGCACACCAAUGAUUGCGCCUCUAGUGCGAUGGGAACAUUCGGAAGACUGGUUUGUCACUAUGUACCGUGUGCAAGACAAAAUAAAAUCAGGCGAGCGUAACAUUUCAAUAUCUUUGAAGGAUGAUGAAAACGAAUAUAUAGGUGGUCACGUCAUUGACGGCAGAAAUUUAUUCCCCGCUACCGGCUACCUAGUUUUAGCUUGGGAAACACUUGCUCUGAUGCGUGGAGAGCUUUAUUCUGAAGUACCAAUAUGUUUUGAGAACGUUCGUUUCCAAAGAGCAACAAAUAUUCCUAAAGACGGUGUCGUGGAAUUCGUCGUAAUGGUCCAAAAAGGUAGUGGAACAUUUGAAGUGGUCGAGAGUGGAGCACCUGUUGUUACUGGUCGUUUAUAUAUUCCAAACGAUGUCAAUAAAAAAAUGAUCGACAUGCCACCUCAUCCAAACGUCAUCAAUGAAACAGAUCUCAACAAAAAAGACAUUUACAAAGAGUUGAGACUCAGAGGGUACAACUACCACGGGUUGUUUAGAAGUUUAAAUCGAGUAAAUCUAGAUGCUACUGUUGGAAGUAUUGGAUGGUUUAAUAAUUGGGUUGCAUUUAUGGACAAUAUGUUACAAAUUCAAAUUCUAAGAGAAGAUACUAGAGGACUUUUUGUUCCAACCUCUUUACAAAAACUUACAAUUGAUGUGAAAAAGCACGCUUCGGUUUUGUCAACUCUUCCAACUGAAAAUACUGAAAUUCCUGUGUACGUGUAUCCGGAAAUAGAUCUUAUACAAUCUGGAGGUGUGGAAAUUAGAGGGCUUCAUGCAAAUGCAAUUUCUAAGCGGAAGCCACUUGCUGAUCCUGUUUUAGAAAAAUAUGUAUUUGUGCCAAAUAUAUCUCAAUUGAAAUAUUCAUUAGAUGAUAUUGUUCGUAUUUCUUUGCACUUGGUUAUUGAAAACGUAAUGGGUAUCAAUAUAAAAACGGUAGAAAUUUUGAAUAAAACUAUAAAUUCAGACGUCCAAAUAAUAAGUCCCAUCAUUCUGAAUGUUUUAGCGGAUUUACCACUUUUACAGCCUGAAGUAACUGUAUUGUCUGAUGGAAAUCAUCCUCAACUGAAAGACAUUCCAUCUAAUAUAACGGUCGAAGAUAAAAAAUUACCAGGGGACCAAUCAGUUCUUUUUUCGGUCGGGACUGGAGUUCUGGAGGACAUCGUUUUGUUAGAACAAGUUUUCAAUACACUUAAACCUGGGGGAUUCUUGCUAUCCCGCGAAAAGCAAAAUGUAGUUCCACCAGCAAAUCUUGUUGAUGUAUGUUUCGAUGCUACUUUAGAAAGCGAAAGACUUUUCCUCGUUAAGAAACCAGUUGAAGAGAACGGUGCUCCACUCGUCAUAAAAAUUUCAAGCACCGAAUUUUCAUGGUUGCCUACUUUGCAAAAUGCUUUGAAAAGCGACGAAGCUACAGCCAAACAGAAAGUCAUACUUUUAGCAGAAAAUGAUACAUCUAACGGAAUAAUUGGUCUCUUCAAUUGUAUCAGAAAGGAACCAGAAGGCAAUAGAACUAGAUGUGUAUUCAUAAUGGAUUCGAAUGCACCAGCUUUCUCUCUAGAUAAUCAAUUUUACCAGGAACAACUGAAAAAAGAUUUAGCAUUAAAUGUGUUUAAAAACAAUGCUUGGGGCUCGUAUAGACAUUUGGUUCUCGAACCACCAUCCUUGGUCGAAUGCGAACAUGCAUAUAUAAAUUCAUUGGUACGAGGAGAUCUUUCAUCGUUGAAAUGGCUGUCUGGACCAUUAAAACCUUAUUCAAGGAAACUGUCAGAUAAUACCCAAAUUAUACAUGUAUGUUAUGCUGCCUUGAAUUUCCGUGACAUUAUGUUAGCUACUGCAAAGCUUGCUCCUGAGGUGGUGGCUAAAGGUCGAAUCAAUCAAGAAAGUGUAAUAGGUUUUGAAUAUGCUGGAUGGACUGAACGCGGAGAAAGAAAUAUGGGAAUGAUACAAUGUCGAGCUUUAUCUACAUUAAUAUGUAAUGAUCCAUAUAUAAGUUGGAAAAUACCCGAUGAUUGGACAUUAGAAGAAGCGGCAACUGUUCCAGUUGUCUAUGGAACUGUGUAUUACGCUUUGGUGCUCAGUGGUCGUAUAAGACGGGGUGAUUCUGUUCUCAUUCAUGCUGGUACCGGUGGAGUUGGCCAAGCUGCGAUAUACUUAGCACUUCAUUAUGAGUGUGAAAUUUUCACUACGGUGGGGACGCCGGAAAAACGAGAAUUCAUUAAAAACAAUUUCCCACAAAUACCAGAAAGUCAUAUUGGCAAUUCCAGAGAUACUUCUUUCGAGCAAAUGAUUAUGAUGGAAACAAAUGGUAGAGGCGUAGAUAUAGUAUUAAACUCACUAGCAGAAGAAAAACUUCUUGCCUCCGUGAGAUGUUUAGCUACUGGUGGACGUUUCUUAGAAAUCGGAAAGUUUGAUUUGGCCAACAACAGUAUGUUGGGUAUGGAAGUGUUUUUAAAAGAAAUCAGUUUCCACGGCGUUAUGUUGGACUCUUUAUUCGAUAGUCCAAAGGAAUGGAAAAAUUUGCUAAAGGAUGGAGUUCAAACACUUAUCGAUCAGGGUGCUAUCAAGCCUUUAGUGCGAACUGUUUUUGAAUCAGAUCAAAUAGAACAAGCAUUUAGAUAUAUGGCUGCUGGUAAACACAUUGGCAAAGUACUUAUAAAAGUUCGACCUGAAGAAGAAAAAGGAAUUGCUGUUAAACCAAAACCAUAUUUAAAAUUAGCAUAUCCACGAGUGAUGUUUGACGAAAAUUCAUCUUGUAUAAUUUGUGGUGGUCUUGGAGGAUUUGGUCUUGAACUGGCCGAUUGGUUGGUUUUGAGAAACGCUCGAAAUAUUGUUCUAACUACAAGGUCCGGUAUAAGAAACGGAUACCAAGCUAUGAGAAAACGUGUAUGGGAAUCUUAUGGCACUAAUGUUGUCAUAUCAACUGCAGACAUUACAACCGAGGAAGGUGUAAAAGAAUUACUGGCACAAGCCAAUAAAAUGGGACCCGUUGCUGGAAUAUUUAACCUUGCCGUGGUUUUAAAAGAUGCUUUGUUUGAAAACCAAACAGAAGAAAACUUCGUAGCUUCAGCCGGGCCUAAAUCUAUUGCAACAGUAUACCUCGAUAAAUAUUCUAGGACUAUGUGUCCACAACUCAAGCAUUUUGUAAUUUUCUCAAGUGUCAGUUGUGGUCGUGGAAAUGCUGGCCAGACAAAUUAUGGUAUGUCCAACUCUGUUAUGGAAAGAAUAUGCGAACUACGACAUUCGGAUGGCUUACCGGCAUUGGCUGUAGAAUGGGGUGCAGUGGGUGAUGUAGGUUUAGUAGCUGACAUGGCAGAAGACCACGAUCAAGAAGUAGUCAUUGGCGGCACUUUACAGCAAAAAAUUGGGAAUUGUUUAGAAAUCUUAGAUGAUUUAAUAAACCAGAAAACAUAUCCUAUAGUUUCAAGCAUGGUGGUCGCAGAAAAACGAGCAACCGGUAGUAAUGCGGGCACGAUAGUCGAUACCGUAAUCAAUAUACUUGGUCUUAGAGAUUUGAAGACUAUUAGUUUACAUUCGACCUUAGCUGAACUGGGUAUGGACUCGAUGAUGGCUGUGGAAAUAAAACAAACUUUGGAAAGACAGUUUGAAGUCUUUUUAACUCCUCAGGACAUCAGGAGUCUGACAUUCGCUAAGUUACAAGAAAUUGAAUCAUCAGACGACAAAAACGAAAAGAAAACUGAAGAUAUAAAAUCAAUUACCAACUUACCUGAUGUGGGCUUGAAUUACUUGAUUCGUGUAGUUGGAGAUGAAGCGACUGCUUACAAUUCUAUUAUGCGUAUACCAUCUUUAUGCGAUGAUGGCUCCACCAUAGAACAACCUACCAGUAGCCAACGCACUUUAUUCGUUAUACCGGGUCUUGAGGGUAUUUCGUCAAUUAUGGAACCUCUAGCAAAGAACUUAGACAUGCAAAUAUUAUGUUUACAAUACGAUAUAAAGAGUGAAGCACGAACUAUCGAAGACAUGGCAGCCGCCCAUUAUUUAGUACUCGAAGAGCGACUACCCAUCAAUCAAGAAUUCUUAAUUCUUGGAUAUUCAUUUGGUGGACUCAUUGCACUUGAACUAGUUAAGCUAUUGGAAAAAAAUAAUCGCAAAGGAAAAUUAUGGUUGAUUGAUAGUGGUCCUAUGUUUUUGAAAAUUACCACUGAGUUUUCGCUUAGAGGUGAAAGAUCACAAGAGCACGAAACACAAGUAAAACUAAUAAUGAGAUUCCUCGAUUUAGUUUGGCCAACAGACAAGUCAAAAUAUGAAGCUGAGCUUUACAGUCUCAAUACAUGGGAAGAACGCUUGAAUUUCUUGAUAAGUAAAUCUCCCGAAGACUCAUAUUAUAGCCAAGAAUACCAAAAAAUAUUACUGACAAGCGUCUACUACAAAAUACAAGCAAUUAUCUCUUAUAAAGAAAACCCGAAUGGUAAUUUAAAGACACCUGCUCUAUUGAUACGUCCAGACGAAUUCAGUCUUCCAAUAACUGAAGACUAUGGACUCUCAAAGUAUUUUGAAACACCAGUCAUUGUCCACUUUGUCGAAGGAAAUCACUACACAAUGUUAGAAAACAAAAAAGUUGCUGAACUUAUUAUGAAAUCGUCAUGAUCUAAAAUGUUGUAAAUAUCCACUGUUUGUGUGUUUUAGUUGAAUGAGUUAUUUAUUUUAAAUAAAAUACAUGAAGUAUUUCUAAUUAUAUUA